AUGCACUGGAAAGUUACAACAAUCCUUAUUUGUGCAUACGGAAUAGUGAAGGAAUUCCGACCAGCUACGCCUUUCCUCACUCCGUACCUCGUCUCAUCCUUUAAGAACUUCACUGAUGUCGAAUUGUAUAGUGAAAUUUAUCCAUUUUGGACAUACUCAUAUUUGUUGUUUUUAGUGCCAAUAUUUUUCUUGACUGAUAUUUUACGUUAUAAGCCGAUUAUCGUAUUGGAAGCACUUAGUUUAUGUGGCACCUGGGCGCUGCUGCUAUGGGGUAAAACUGUAUGGCAUAUGCAGAUUAUGCAAAUAAUUUUUGGAUUAUCAUCGGCUGCCGAAAUAGCUUAUUACUCGUAUUUGUAUGCGGUGGUUAACCAAAAACAUUAUAAACUCAUCACAUCUUAUAUACGUGCUGCUGCUUUGGUUGGAAAAUUUUUUGCCUUUGGUCUUGCUCAGUUCCUUAUAUCGUUUCAGUAUGGAUCAUACUUCCUUUUAAAUCAGAUAUCAUUCGGUUCAGUUUGUAUAGUUCUUGGAAUUGCUAUCAUUCUUCCAUCGAUACCACCCAAGUUAAGUGUUAAUAAAAUCGUUGAAAUUGAUGAAGAUACGCCUAAACGUUCCCAUGGCUCAACAGAUUAUGAAAACGGAUUGCAAAAUAAUGAAAGAAGUUUUAAGGAAAAAGAGGCUCUGAAUGCUAACGCAGCAAAUAUUGACCAUGGAGCUAUUAUUUAUUUUCGAACGAUUUGGCAUCAUUUCAAAAUUUUCAAACGCAAUAAGAUUGUUUUGAAAUGGAGCAUUUGGUGGGCGCUAACUAGCUGCGGUAUUUUUCAGGUUAUGAACUAUGUACAAACAUUAUGGGCUGUAAUGCAAACAUAUUCUGAUGCAUACAAUGGUAUCACCGAAUGUGCCAAUACCUUAAUCGGAGCAUUUAUCAGCUUUUUGGUACAGUAUAUGAAUGUGAAUUGGUCAAAACGGGGUGAACACGUACUGCUAGUGACGUCAGCGUUUAUCGCUGUCUUUCUUGUUAUCAUGGCUCAAACCAAAAUUAUUUAUAUUACUUAUGUGCUUUAUGUUGCUGUGAUAACUAUUUAUCACCUUCUAAUAACGGCUGCAAGUGUGAACAUAGCAACACAAUUAGAUUCUGCAAGCUAUGGACUGAUAUUUGGUUGGGAUACCUUUCUAGCGUUGUUUUUACAAACCAUCCUUACGUUUGCAGUGGCGGACAAACACGGAUUCUCUUUAUCAAUCCGAACUCAGUUCAUCGUUUAUGGGUUUUAUUUUGCCCUGAUUGCUAUAGUGUUUACCCUGAUACUGUGCUACAAAUUCAUGAAACAUAAAUGUUGCCGGCGUUCCGUGUGA